AUGCAGCAUGAAGAGGUCAACGAGAGACCACACCACUCUCACCAGGAUGUAAUAUCAGGUUGCGAUGGCAGAGGUGUCCGGAAAGACCUAAGAGAAUAUCUGUUGACGUCCACAUUGCAUGGUCUCCGGUACGUGGGAGAGAAGAAAUUAACUUGGUUUGAAAGAUUCUUCUGGUUAGGAGCAUUCAGUUGCUCCAUAGUUUGCGCGGGAUUCUUCAUCCUUAACGUAUAUGAGAAAUGGCGAAGUUCCCCCAUGAUCGUGAGCAUCAACCCUGAGAACAUAGCUCUCCAGAACCUGCCCUUUCCAGCCGUUACUGUGUGCAACGUCAAUCAGGCGAAGAAAAGUGUCGCGGAACGGUAUAAGAAAGAUGGGUAUAAUCCAGUGAACAAGAAAUUACUCGAAAGCUUAUGCACAUCACAGGAUGACACAGAAAUAUUUGUAAGCGACGUAGCUCAAAGCGCCGAUUGGGACUACUUCCGCUCCUUCUUAAUAAAUGUAACCCAGCCAUGUAGCGAGAUGUUAGCGAUGUGCAUUUGGGACUCCGGCGAGAUGAGCUGCCAGGACUUGUUCAACGCGCAACUGACCGACGAAGGCCUGUGUUGCACCUUCAACGUCGUCCAUCGCAAUAAGCUGUUCCGCAAUCCCAAAGAUUUAAACGAUAUGAAUUUUACGUUCCCAUUACCUUCGGUUGAUUGGACUCCCGAAGGCGGGUACCCGGCCGAUGCGCCGUACAACGGUUUUCCAUGGAGACCCAGAGGUAUCGGAACUGAUCAUGGUUUGACGUUAGUUUUGGACGCGAAUGUGGCUGAAUAUUACUGCGCUUCCACGAAAAGCCCCAGUUUCAAGAUCCUUUUGCACAAUCCCACGGAAACUCCCAACAUCGCGAAUCUGGGAGAUAUAUACGGUCCAGGCAUAGAAGCUCGGAUCGCCAUCCAGCCCCGAAUCAUGGAUGCAGCCCCCUCGCUGCGGGGGAUCGACGUUAAUAAGCGGGUGUGCCUGUUCUCCAGUGAGAAGGCUUUGGUCUUCUACAGGACUUACACUUUGAAAAAUUGUGAGAUGGAGUGCGAGGCUCGAAAUAUGCUGGCUUUAUGCAAAUGUGUGUUGUAUUACAUGCCUAAAAACAAAACCACGCGGGUUUGCGGUAAAGCCGACGCGAACUGCUAUUCUAAUAUAAGUUUUAUUAGAAAAGGCCGUCAACAGUCAUGCGAAGAGUGCCUGCCGGCGUGCACAGAGAUCUCAUACUACGAGCGUAUGAGCUCCGCCAGACUGAGCAAGGCGAUGGUCGAGCAGUACGCGAAGCGGCUCAGCGGCAACAAGACGGCUGAAUAUGUCACAAACAACAUGCUUAUAAUCCACUUUUAUUUUGAGGACCGCACUUUUACAAGGUACACCAAAGGCGAAAUAUUCGGUCUGACGGAGUUCUUGUCGAACACUGGAGGGCUACUGGGCCUGUGCAUGGGCUUCAGUAUGAUGAGCCUAGUAGAACUGAUCUACUACGUGACGCUGCGCGCUCUUUGCCAGUCGCGACGGAGACCUAAGCAUCACUUCACACAGACUUACACUUUGAAAAAUUGUGAGAUGGAGUGCGAGGCUCGAAAUAUGCUGGCUUUAUGCAAAUGUGUGUUGUAUUACAUGCCUAAAAACAAAACCACGCGGGUUUGCGGUAAAGCCGACGCGAACUGCUAUUCUAAUAUAAGUUUUAUUAGAAAAGGCCGUCAACAGUCAUGCGAAGAGUGCCUGCCGGCGUGCACAGAGAUCUCAUACUACGAGCGUAUGAGCUCCGCCAGACUGAGCAAGGCGAUGGUCGAGCAGUACGCGAAGCGGCUCAGCGGCAACAAGACGGCUGAAUAUGUCACAAACAACAUGCUUAUAAUCCACUUUUAUUUUGAGGACCGCACUUUUACAAGGUACACCAAAGGCGAAAUAUUCGGUCUGACGGAGUUCUUGUCGAACACUGGAGGGCUACUGGGCCUGUGCAUGGGCUUCAGUAUGAUGAGCCUAGUAGAACUGAUCUACUACGUGACGCUGCGCGCUCUUUGCCAGUCGCGACGGAGACCUAAGCAUCACUUCACACAAUAACUCUGGGUGGAGUGACAUUCGAUUUCGAACCGUAAUACUUAUGUAAUAGAACUGGUUUUGUUCUACGCUUCGCAGC